ACUUAACCUUUUUGACAUAGGUUUUAGUUUUGGAUGGCUAUUGAAAUAAGCACAUGACAACACACAUCGAUACAAAUAAAGACUGUAGAUACUCGAGGAGAUGGAGCAGCAGAGUGAAGUGAAUCCCAAGCGGGUGGCCGCCUUCUUUCGGAGAAGCAACUUGGGACCUGUGUGCCGGGUGCAGUCCACCUCGGACAUGGAAGCCUGGCUAGCCUCAAGUGCGUACUUCACACUGAUCACAUACUUGAACAAUGUGAGCACCGAGAUACAGGGUAUCCGGAACACGGACUGGUUUCCGAUUAGCCAGAACAUCAGGCGACUGACGGCCAUAUUCGACAAGUUGGACGCCAUGAUUGUGGCCAAUCCUCCGGCGCCUGUCGUUCCAGGUGCUACCUUGGAUCCAGGAAACAAGGGCUACAGACGCUGGGCGCACAGCAUGCUAAGGGACAUAUACCAGCUGGUGGAGAAGGCGGUGCCUAGCGGCAAGUGCAGGCACGUGAACGAGCUUGGAGUGUAUCUAUCGGGCUCCUUUGGCAGCUCAACAAAAAUCGAGUACGGAACCGGGCACGAGCUGAGCUUCCUGUUCUUCGUGUGCGCCCUUUUCAAGGCGGAGAUCCUCAAUCAGGAGGAAGACCUGGCAGCCUCGGCUCUGGUUCUCUUCGAUCGCUAUCUGCAGUUCGUGCGCCGUCUUCAGGUGACCUAUUCGGUGAACUCGUCCAACUGGCAUGGCGGAUACUCGCUGGAUAAAUUCCAGUUUGUGCCAUUCAUUCUGGGAUUCGCACAGUUGUGCUACGAGGCGCCUUUCUCCCCACAGAAAAUGCUGAACGAGGACACCAUUGCCGAGUACAGGAAGGCGUAUAUGCUGAUCAAUUGCGUGGGUCACAUGGCGGCCACCAACAUCGGCACCUUUGCCCGCCACUCCAGCCAACUGUGGAGUCUGGCCGCCCUGUCCUCGUGGUCGAAGAUCCAUCGCAGUCUGAUGUUCAUGUACAUGGAGGAAAUCCUCCUGGACGUUGACAACCUGAAUGCCCUGCGGUUCGGGGAACUGAUGUCCUUUGAGGAGGAGAAAUCUGGCCUGCAUCUAGGCAACGCUCGUAUGGGAGUGAAGUCACCGCUACGCCGCCAGCUGGCGGAGGAUCAGGACGACCAGGAUCAGGAACAAGAUGUGACAUCUAGAAGCGGCACUCCCUCCAUUUCCAGGUCGGAAAACAACGUAUUCGUUGCCAGGAAGAAACCCAGAGUGGAGGAGCCCUUUAGCGACGGCCUUUCUAAUAGUGGACUUUCCCAGGGCAGCGAAUGCUCUUCACUCAGCGGCGUGAGUGUCCAUCUGCCCACUUGGUUGGAUGAUUGUCCGGGCUGCAGCAAGAGCGCGUUUUAAAAUUAGGGUUUUGUGAAUCGUGUUAUAUCUAAGUGUCUAAAUUCAAAUGCUCUAUCAAAGUCAAUUGCUCAUUGGCAUGUAAAACUAAAACAUGUAAUGAAUAAACAUGCAUUUAUCCAAUA